AAUGGUUUAGGGACAUGGCUGGUCCAGCCAGCUUUGCCCGACCAAAAAUCUUGCUAUGCAGCAUUCUUAUUGUGCUACUCAGCAUUACUGAAAAGUUGUGUGCUGUAAAGCAAAAUGAUGACGACACCCGAAGCAGUGGAACGUACGCUACGUCAAUUCCCUUCUGGAAUGAAAGCGAUAACGUCUCUGUUCUGUAUGUCACACAAACACGCUCAAUUGAAUAUUGGACGUUGACGAGUUCGACUGCAUUUUACCACGGCUUCAUGAUGGUUCCUCCUGAACGAAUGCAUAUCGUCCUCACCCUCAUAAGGUACGCCUUUGGAACUGUGCCCUGUGUGUCGCGGUCUCUAGCUAGAGCGGACAGCACAGAUGACGACAGGGCUGGCAUCCUCAAGAUCAGCAUACUGAGGAAUGGCACCGUCUACAACGAGUCCAGCUACUGCGACACAAACGUGUUCGACGCUUCAAGUUCUCCCGCUUUUCUGGCUCGCUCCACCGCUCGCGAGUGCAUCUUCCUCGAAUUCAACCUGACGACUCCGGAGCAGCCCUCGCUUUGCGGCUUCGAAGUCUUGGUCACCCUGGCACAGAAGCCACGCGCCCGCUCGGCGUGCGUUCCUCCCGAGAAUUACCUCUGCCGCAACGACAUCUGCAUCGCGUAUGGUCUCGUCUGCGACGGCGACAACAACUGCGGCGACAGCAGCGACGAAGCCAAUUGCAGUGCGCGAAAAGGGUCACGUGUCUGGGUGGUUCUCAUCUGCGUCGUGGCGGGGUUUGCCGUGAUGAUCUCGUGCUUGGUCUGCAUUAAUUACUCGCUGCAGAGACGUUACGUUUGCGCGUCGCCUUCUGGGAUUCGCAUAUUUUCGUUCAGAGGAUUCGAUUCGCAAAUGGAGGAGCCCGAUAACAGCGGAAGCUCUGGAAACGAUGUCGGCACACAGGAAGGGCGGCGUGUGUGAAUUGAGGGACACUUCGCACAUCCAGUAAUGAGUCUGUAAUUACGCUAGUACAUCCGGCUAAUUUUAUUUCCUAAUAUGUCGUAAGAUAAGGAAAUAAAGUUGAGUAAAGAAAUUGUA